AUGUCUCGACCCGUAUUUUUUUUAUUAGCAAUAAUUUUUCCCCCCCUAAUCAUUGGAAUCGAGAAUGAUGGCAGGGACAUUUUCACGGUAACAGAAGGCAGUUUUCAUUUAAAUGGAGAAAAGUUUAACGUUCACGCCGGUGAGAUUCACUAUUUUCGAAUUGCUGCCUGUGAAUGGGAGGAUCGAUUGACAAAGUUGAAGAGAACGGGCCUCAACACUGUGUCAACUGCCGUUGAAUGGGCCAUGCAUGAACCCAGUCCCGAAACUUACAAUUGGAAGGGCAAUGCAAACUUUUCUCGAUUUAUUCAAUUGGCACAUAAGUUGGAUCUCUUUGUCAUUGUUCGAGCAGGACCUUACAUUGGAGUUGAUCGAAGCCUUGGAGGAAUUCCAGGAUGGCUCUUAACCACAAACGAACUCAAAGAUAAUCCAUGGAUUCAAAGAUCGAGUCCAGAAUAUCGACUUUACGCUGAAAGAUGGCUAUCGCACUUUCUUCCAAAACUUUCAAAAAUGCUCAUCACAAACGGAGGACCAAUUCUCAUGGUGCAAAUAGACAGUGAUUUAGGCGAGACCCUACCAUGUGUCACCACCGACUGGCUCAGUGAAAUCUACCAACAAUAUUUAGGCCCCAAAACGAUUAUGUUUACAAUGGACAAUAAUAAUUCAUCAAAUCUCAAGUGUGGUCAACUAAAAAACACAAUUUCGGCAUUUCGCAUCGAUCCGUACGAGUACUUCACUACUUUUAAACAAUCUUUGACAAAACUCUAUUCCCCCCUUCGAGAAUUGUCGCUAAAUUCACCAAAUUCAUCAAAAUCACCAAAAAUACCAAAAAUACCAAAAUUAGUCGAAAUACGAACAGGGCUGGCUUGGAAUUGGAAAAGCGAGAGAUUCACAUUCGGAGGGAAAAAGAUACUGAAGACUAUAAAGGAUGUGAUAAAAAGUGACGCUUCGAUAAUCGUCUACAUGUUCGCCGGUGGUACCAACUUCGAACGAGCUGGAAAAAGUGAAGACAGAACGAUGGGUCUCACAACCUCCUACGAUUUCGAUGCAAUUGUCACCGAAUCUGGUGAUUUGACGGAAAAAUUCUACAAACUACAAUCGAUACUACAUAGUAGUUUCAUUGGUGAGGAGAAAGAUCCUAUGGAAGAAGGUACAGGCACUGUCGAUAUUUCCGGUCAGUUGAAUUUUACCCUUCUUGGCUCACUCCUAAAUCCUGAUUUUCGUUCAGAACUCGGAAUAGUCACAAUUAAGUCCGAAUAUCCGAAAACAUUCGCAAACCUAAACAUUACUGAUGGUUUAGUCCUCUACGAAGUGACAGUACCAAAAAUAAAAGUUGUAAAUUCGGAAGUGACCCUCCACUCGGAGGACAUUCACGACAGAGGCUACGUCUACUCCCAGGACAAUCUUCUCGGAAUCUUAGGCCCCGACCACAAAAAUCUCCAAAUUCCGACUCAAUUGACAACUAUUCAGAUCCUGGUGGAAAAUACCGGUUACUUGGCCCAAAAUGUCCUGGGCGAACCAAAAGGAAUAGUCGGCAACGUCACCCUAAAUGGUCAAAUUCUAAGGGACUGGAACAUCCAUCCCUUUGCCUUUGAGAACAAAAAUCUACAACAAAUAUCAAAGGGUAACAUAAAAAAUUCUAGUGAGAAGAAAAUUAGAGAAAUAGCUUUUCUCCUCGCGAAAUUUCAAAUUCGGGACCAAAUUACAAACUCAACGCUUCGUACCUACUUGAAUAUGAAUCAUCAAUCGGCGAAGGGUUACGUAUUUUUGAACGAGUACAGUGUGGGAAAGUAUUCACUGAAUGGACCGCAAAAUGAAUUGUAUAUUCCGGAAUGUUAUUUUAGAAAACAUCCAACUGAGAAUCGAUUACUAAUUAUUGAAGUGCAGAGAGAGAGAAUGUACUACGAUGGAAAUGGUAAGGGAAUUAUUGUAAAGAAGACGAAGAAAUUGGACAAAAGUGGUGAUUCGUCAAAGAAUGAUGAUAAUGAACAUUUUAUUACGUAUGUCAUUCUAUUUUAUAUCUGUUGGUUUUGGAGGCCUGGCUACAGUUGUAUUUGUUGUUAA